AUUUCUUUCAGUAAGACUCACAUAAGGAAGAUAUGGCUUUUGGUCAGGAUUUGGGCAUUCAUUCUAACUGUGUUUCGCUGGAUUCAGUAUCAUCUGUUUAUUCACUAUCGAUGACUACUAAAUGCAGCUGCUCCCAUGCAAUGUUAGAGUGACAAAACGGGUAUCGUCUAAAAGUGAGCUUUUAUCAUAUUGUUCAUCUUCAUGCAACAUCACUCAAGGAUGAAGGCUGUGGAACAAUCGGUUGGGGAUACAACCGACGAAACAUCAGAUUGUGAGAAGUCCGUCCAGCCACCCGACGGCGGACGGGGAUGGGUUGUGACUAUUUCCAGUUUCUUCAUCUGUAUGGUGGUAGAUGGCGUCAAUGGGAUUUUUGGUAUAUUUUACCCGGAAUUAUUAUCUGCCUUUGGUGGAAGCAAAGGAAAGACACAAAUAAGCAGCUCUGCUAUGUUCGGAACACUUCUCGUAUUAGCACCUGUAAGUGGAGUCCUGAUGGAGAAAUACGGUCAUCGGAAGGUGGCAAUCUGUGGAGGAUUAAUCUCCAGUACCGGAUUAUUUCUCUCCACGUUUUCACCCAACCUGGACGUCAUGAUCCUGCUGUAUGGAUUCGUUGGGGGGUUUGGAAUGGCCUUACUCUAUCCCACGUCACUAGUCGUCGUUGGCAUGUACUUCGAAAAACGAAGAGCUCUUGCAACUGGGAUAGCAGUGUCCGGAUCUGGAAUUGGUACCUUGGUGUUCGCCCCUCUUAGUGAGAUUCUUCUGGAGACGUAUGGCUGGCGCGGGACAAUAUGGUUAAUGUCAGCUGUUGUUCUCAACACUGUGGUUUGUGGUUCAUUUUACAGACCUAUUGGUAGACAAGAAAGUAUGACAGCCAAGUCUGAAACCACGAAGAAAAAUUGUAUACUGAAUGUAUUCGAUUUAUCGUUGCUGACAUACCCAGUUUUCAUACUACACGCCUUUUCAGGUUUUCUUUAUUCGAUAGCUUAUAACAUUCCGUUAAGCUACCUGCCAGCACAGGCCAAGUUUGUUGAAAUAUCAUCACAGGAAAGUGCCCUUUUGAUUUCUAUCAUCGGGAUAUCAGGCACUAUAUCACGUAUUCUGAUUGGUUACAUAUCAGACAAACGUUGUGUUAACACCCUCGUCCUGAACAGUACAAUGCUGAUGAUUGGUGGUUUAGCAACCUGUUUCGUUCCAUAUUACACAACGUUUAGCGCCCUUUCUUUGUAUUCAGCUACAUAUGGAGCAGUUGCAGCAACCUUUGUCUCUGUGAUGACUAUCAACCUGGUGAAACUGAUGGGAUUACAAAACCUGCCCCGUACACUUGGAUUAUAUUUUCUGUGUAUGGGGAUUGGAUCAUUCAUCGGAUCUCCAGUAGCAGGUGCUUUGUCGGAAACAUCCAGAAAUUACAAUAAUGCCUUUUAUUUCGGUGGAGUCGCCAUGGGGUUAGCAGGCUUAGUUAGUUUGCCACUUACUCACUUGGCUAAUCGGAAACAAAACAGGACUGCCGACAUCAACGGAUUUACCAACAGGAGUUUUACCCUUGAACAGAUAACAUCUAUUUCUCUGAAGUCAUUAAAACAUGUAUCAUACACAUCAACAUGACCGAAAUCCGCUUGCUAUUGCAAAAUUUGGGGGCAUUGUCGGGCUUGGGGUAAUAGGCAAAAGAAAGUUGUUCAGAAAAAAAAAAUGGAGAAAAUCUAAAAUCCUGUUUUAAUCGCCUUUAAUAUUUCAGUGGCAGUUUUUUUUAUUGAAACCACGUUUGCUUAGGAUACAUGUAUGUCACCAAACACGUCCAUGCGAUGUGUCUAUUAAUAAUCCAUAAGAAUAUCAUGCGGUGAUCACGUGAUGUGUAUUUGCUCAGAGUUGUGCAUUUGAAGUAUGGCAUAUUACACAAGAUACAUGCCUUGGCCAUCUGUUUAUAACAAAACAAACGAGGUUAUGUUUGGCCAGUAGAUCUAGUUCAGUUCUAGAUGACGAAAUGGGUAAAUGCUAUAAAUGGUUUUGAACAACAUCGUCGAUUGCCUUUUUUUUUUUUUUUCACAGAUGAAAAAAAAUAUUAAAUUAGCCUGAUUCGCCUUAAUGGAUAUUGACUUCAAAAACAAGACGACCUUAGAAAUAAACCAGCUUCGUCUAUUCAUUUUUCUAUUACUUCGGGGAUUACUUACCAAAUACGAACAUUAACUAAGGCUUAUCAACGAUUUUUAGUCUGAGAAGAGAUCUUAUUUUGCAUUGUUUUAUUUAUUUUUUGUCUUCUUAAUCUUACAGAAAUACUAUCUAUCUAUUAUCUAACAAAUGCGCUCAAUGUUAAAAGACUUCAUCACAGACUCAUGUUUGUAGGGUAAAACUAAACCACAAGGAUACGAGUGUGCAGUGCUUGAUAGUAUUCCUAUAAUCAAUCGAUAAUUCAAUAAAAAAACAUUAUGAAGAUUU